AGGCAGGUCCCCCAGUACCGAAACUCCCGUAUGGAACCAACGCCUUUAGCAGGAAGAAGCCAGGGAUCAGGUUGGUGCCUGCCCCCAGCACAAGUGUUGAUUCUGGAUGAGUUACUGACGCAGGAUUGACAGAGUGGCGAUGCAGACCAUUAAAUGCGUGGUUGUUGGGGAUGGAGCUGUCGGUAAAACCUGCCUGCUGAUUUCCUACACCACCAACAAGUUCCCCUCGGAGUAUGUACCGACGGUGUUCGACAACUACGCAGUCACGGUGAUGAUCGGGGGUGAGCCGUACACAUUGGGACUCUUCGACACAGCAGGCCAGGAGGAUUACGACAGGUUGAGGCCUCUAAGUUAUCCGCAGACCGACGUCUUCUUGGUCUGCUUCUCCGUCAUCUCUCCAUCGUCGUUUGAGAAUGUCCGAGAGAAGUGGGUGCCGGAGAUUGCGCACCACUGCCCCAAGACGUCCUUCCUCCUGGUGGGGACCCAGAUUGACCUCCGCGACGACCCCAGCACAGUGGAAAAACUGGCCAAGAACCGGCAAAAGACGGUGACCAGCGAGGCGGGCGAGAAACUAGCCAGGGAGCUCCGGGCGGUCAAAUACGUGGAGUGCUCGGCACUAACGCAGCGUGGUUUGAAGAACGUCUUCGAUGAGGCUAUCCUCGCUGCCCUGGAGCCUGAGAAAGAGACACAGAAGCGGAGAUGUUGCCUCCUCUGAGGGCUUUUACGCCUGGUGGGGAGGGGGCGGUGGGGG